ACAGGUGUAGUCACUCCUUUAGAAUGGCUUUGGUGGUGCUGAUAUCGCUUAUCCUCCCCUCUCUGGGGUUUGCAGGUGCUGACAAGGAGUGUGUGUACGCUACUGUCGGGAAGACCAAGGUGAUUGACCAUGAUUAUCCGGGCCUGGAGUUGUUUGAACAGUCAUUCCACUUACGGUGGACCCAUGACUCUAAGAUAGUUUACGACAACAAGAAGAAUACUGCAAAGAAAUACCAGACCACAAAGAAUGGUUCUCUGUUACUGGAGAACCUACAGCUGGAUAACGCUGGCACGUAUCAGGCUACCAUCUACGACAACCUGGGAAAUCACAUGAAGUCUACCGUAACUCGCCUGUGUCUGCUCGUGCCUGUAUCUAAACCCCGUCUGACACACACCUGUGAUGGAACAUCUGUCACUCUGAGGUGUGACGUGGGGAACCCUGGGGUUGUGAACAUGGUGUGGCAACAUAACGGAAACACGCUGCCAGGACAGACAGGUGCUACUCUGACCAUAACCAAGGCAACGCUCAAACCUGAAGACAGUUAUGCGUUUCCUGUGUCUAAACCACGUCUGACACACACCUGUACUGACUCAUCUGUCACUCUGAGGUGUGAUGUGGGAAACCCUGUGAAUGUGCACGUGACAUGGAGCCGUAACAGAAACACACUGCCAGGACAGACAGGCGCUGCUCUGACCAUAACCAAGGCAACGCUCAAACCUGAAGACAGUUAUGCGUGUACAGCGAGUAUUAAAGACAGCGAGGAGAAGAGUGAUGAUGUUCACCCUGAAUGUACAGAUGAUGAUUCCUCUCCAGUGCUCUUGUUUGGGAUGGAGCUAUGGCUGAUGGUGUUGAUUCUGGCUGGCGGAGGUGGUCUGCUCCUCAUCCUCAUCACCUUGGGGUGUGUCUGCAGGAGCCGCAGGCAGCACAAGAAGUCUCCCUGUAGAGGAGGAGGAGAUGAGACUGGCCCCCCUCACCCAUCCCACACGUCCACCACCAACAAAGGGCCCAAAGCUGACCCUGUCCCCAUAACAGAGCAGCGUCUCAGGCCACACCAAACUCCGGACCUCAGGUUUGACCCAUGUCUCCACAGCAAGCACAGAUGCUCAGACUCAGCCCAUACCAAUGCCCAGGUGGACAGGACCACAGGAAUUCGCGAUACAAAUGGACGGACCUGUGUCCAGCAGUUCUGA